GAGACAUAUGUGACUGAUAUAAAGGCAGAAGACACAGAGGGAGCAGAAGAGACGUAUGUGAGGGGUGAUCAGCAGUGUAAGGAGGAGGAGAUCCCUAAAGAUAUCAGCACAGAUGGACACACAAGCAGGAACAUCUCAGAAGGACAUCUAAUGUUAUCUCCGGAUUGUGACAUAAAAGAUAAUGACAGUAGACAGGAUUCUCCAGGAGCUAAUCCCAUUACCCUAAUUAUACAUCCAGCUCUAUCAGCUGAUCCCCCUGAUCCUGGGAAAUGUUCUCCUGAUCACUCUGAUAUUGGUGCAUCUGUUACAGCUCUGACAGUAGAUACAGUGUUUCCCUGUUCUAUAGAUGCCAAAUGUUUUACACAGAACACAAAGCUUAUUACCCAUCAGGCAGGUAAGGCAGGUGAGAGGCCAUUUCCAUGUUCUGAGUGUGGGAAAUGUUUUGCACGGAAAUCGCAUCUUGUUAUACAUCAGAGAAGUCACACAGGUGAGAGGCCAUAUUCUUGCUCUGAGUGUGGGAAAUGUUUUUCCCAGAAAUCACAUCUUGUUCUACAUCAGCGAAGUCACACAGAUGAGAGGCCGUUUUCUUGCUCUGAGUGUGGGAAAUGUUUUUCCCAGAAAUCACAUCUUGUUCUACAUCAGAGAAGUCACACAGGUGAGAAGCCAUUUUCUUGCUCUGAGUGCGGGAAAUGUUUUUCCCAGAAAUCAUAUCUUGUUAUACAUAACAGAAGACACACAGGUGAGAAGCCAUUUUCUUGCUCUGAGUGUGGGAAAUGUGUUAGAUGGAAAUCACAACUUGUUACUCAUUACAGAAGUCACACAGGUGAGAAUAUAUUUCCAUGUUCUGAGUGUGGGAAAUGUUUUUCCCAGAAAUCACAUCUUGUUCUACAUCAGAGAAGUCACACAGGUGAGAGGCCAUUUUCUUGCUCUGAGUGUGGGAAAUGUUUUUCCCAGAAAUCACAUCUUGUUCUACAUCAGAGAAGUCACACAGGUGAGAAGCCAUUUUCUUGCUCUGAGUGUGGGAAAUGUGUUAGAUGGAAAUCACAACUUGUUACUCAUUACAGAAGUCACACAGGUGAGAAUAUAUUUCCAUGUUCUGAGUGUGGGAAAUGUUCUGCACACAAAUCAGAUCUUAGAAACCAUGAGAGAAGUCACACAGGUGAGAAGGCAUUUCUCUAACACCCUAAGUGGAUGCUGGGGACUCCGUAAGGACCAUGGGGAAUAGACGGGCUCCGCAGGAGAUAGGGCACUCUAGAAAAGAAUUAGGACUACUGGUGUGCACUGGCUACUCCCUCUAUGUCCCUCCUCCAGACCUCAGUUAGAAUCUGUGCCCGAACGAGAAGGGUGCAACUUAGUGGGCUCUCCUGAGCUUGCUGAGAAGAAAAGUAUUUUGUUAGGUUUUAUUAUUUUCAGAGAGCAUUCUGCUGGCAACAGACUCUCUGCUACGUGGGACUGAGUGGAGAGAAACAAACCUUACCAACUGCUGGAUAGAUUGCGCUUCUUAGGGUACUGGACACCAUUAGCUCCAGAGGGAUCGAACUCAGGUACUGACCAUUGGCGGUCCGAUCCCGGAGCCGCGUCGCCGUCCCCCUCGCAGAGCCAGAAGCAAGAAGCACGGCGUGGAGUUGAAAUCGGCGGCAGAAGACUCCUGUCUUCAGAUAAGGUAGCGCACAGCACUGCAGCUGUGCGCCAUUGCUCCCACAGCACACCACACACUCCAGUCACUGUAGGGUGCAGGGCGCAGGGGGGGUGCCCUGGGCAGCAAUAAGGUACCUUUGGCAAAAGUUUUGCAGACGUACAGGUAGGCACUGUAUGUCUGCAUGAGCCCCCGCCAUUUUUUACACACAAAAACGCGGGACAGAAAGCCGGCAGAAAGUGGCGGGGCUUCUUCCUCAGUACUCACCAGCGCCAUUUUCUCUUCAAAGCUCUGCUGGAAGGAAGCUCCCCAGACUCUCCCCUGCAGAAUCACGGUAGGGGGGUGAAAAAAGAGGGGGGGCACACAAAUUUAUGCGCAAAACAGAUAUUACAGCAGCUACAGGGUAAACACUGAGGUACUGUGUUUGUUGCUGGGUUAUAUAGCGCUGGGGUGUGUACUGGCAAACUCUCUCUCUGUUUCCCCAAAAGGCCUGGUGGGGGAAUUGUCUUCAAAAGAGCUUUCCCUGUGUGUAUGGUGUGUCGGUACGCGUGUGUCGACAUG